AUGGGCGACCGUCGGCAUGACCGAGAUGAGAGCAGCGACGAGGAGCUGGAGCUCUACUCAAGGCCAAAAAGCCUACCGUCGCCGCCAAAGUCGCCCAACGAUCCCAAGUCGCCCAGCUCUCACUACAUGCAGAUUGACGCCGACGAAAAUGCCCAGCUGCUGUCGCCGGGUCGGUUCAACUUCCACGAAGAUGACGACGAUGAGGAUGACGGCCUGGACGACAUGGAAGCCGGAGAACGGACCCCGAUAGAGGAGCAGGGCUUGGCUGCCAGGCCGGCCCGUCGUCGGGGCUGGAUCUGGUGGCUAAGAAGACGUGGUGGAGCCCCCAACGGCAACGGCCUUGCCAAGGGCGGCGGAGCCGAGCGAGCCGCCAGCACGGGAAUUUUUGGGCUACGCAUCCCGCCUUGGCUCGUCAGGCCCCUCGUUAUCCUGCGAUUGUUCCCUUGGGAUGGGCCCAACGAGCAUGCGGUGCACUCCAUUACCCCUUUCUUCCCCAACAUCCAGGACUAUCCCGUUAGAUGGCUCGAAUACAGGCUGGGAACCGGAACACCCCGAUGUACGGCGCUGACCAUGUUUACGGGCUUGUGGUUCCUCCUUUUCAUCCUCUUUUUAUCGAUAGGAUACUCUGGCUACGGAGGCAGUCCACCAAUAGUGCACUUGUCGUGCACAGAUACUCUUUGGCCAAAUGGCAACGAUUGUGGACUCAAUGGGAUCGACUGCAAGCCAUUCUCGAACCACACCUUUACCGUUCACUGCCCGCCUGGCUGUGCCUCGGUAGGCCUGCCCGAGCCUAGAUUCAUCGGCACCAAUCUGAUCCAGGACUCGCCGCUCGUCAUCGGUUCCGGCUUCUAUCGCGGCGACUCUUACCUCUGCGCAUCUGCCAUACACGCAGGCGUGCUUUCAAACGGAGGCGGCUGCGGCCAGAUCAAACGCAAGGGACCUGGUACCCAGUUCCACGCGUCCGACGCCAACGGCGUCAAGUCUAUCGCCUUCGACUCGUACUUCCCCAUGGCCUUCACCGUUGUCGAGUCGGAAACCUGCGGCAUCUCGAACCCGACCGUGCCGCUGCUCAUCCUGACCCUCCUCUUCACAGUCGUGCUCUGCAUCUUCACCGUCGACCCGGCGGCGCUCUUCUUCUCCAUCAUGGCCACCCUCUUCACCCUCGUCGGCCUGGCCUCGGACCCGCCGUCCGUCUCGCACUACUCCACUACCGUCCUGCCCGAGCUCCUCUCCAUAUUUGCGGCCCGUCUCCUCCCGGCCAUCUUCAUCGCCCUGACCCUCUACCACUUUGUCAUCUGCCGCUCCCUAGGCGGCGACUUUCCCCGGACGGGCCUGAUCCCCCUCCGCGCGCAGUACGAGAAGCUGUGGCUCUGGCUGCUGCCGCUGUGGCUCGGCGCCAUGGCCAACCACGUCCUCGGCUGGGCUUUUCUCACCCGCUUCAAGCCAUUCGCCAUCGUCAUCGCCGCGGUCCUCAUCUGCGCCGCCGCGGCCCAGCAGUCCCUCACCCUGUGGCGCGAGGGCCGCCUGCCGGGCUUCAUGCGCCUGUACGGAGCCCUGCUCGCCGCCUUGAUACUUUCCGCCAUCCUCCUCCCGGGCGUCCAGCUCCAGGUGCCACCUUACGCUCUCGCCCUCGUCCUCCUCCCCCUGACGGCCGUGCAGACGCGGCCCUCGCUCGCAUACCAGGGCUUCCUCCUCGGCCUGCUGAUCAACAGCGUCGCCCGCAACGGCUUCCAGCCGAUCCUACUCCCGUACCACCGCCCCGUCGCGCACCCGCUGCCGUCGCUGCUCGGCGAGCCCAGCAUCAAGGACGUGCCCGGCGGCUACCUCAGCAUCACCUUUGAGUGGGUCGUCCCGUCCAUCGACUACACCACCGCCAACGAGAACUCGGUCAUCGAGGGCAUCAGCGUGCUCGUCAACGACGUCGAGCGCCACCGCGCGUUUUUUCAAGAGCCCAAGCGCGACAAGGAGCAUGGCGCAGGCGGAGCCAGUGGUUUCGUCUGGGCCAGGGCCGAGGGCGCCGAUUUUCCAGAGUAUUUCCGCUUCGGCUACAUCAGGGAGGGCAAGAAGGUCCUCGAGUACACCAAGGCUGGGGUUUGGAACGCCAAUGGGUCUUGGGUUCCUCCAGAGGGUUCUUGA